AUGGAGUACCCUGGUCAUGACGUGGUCAGGCUCCACGUUGCCUCUACAGCCACCUGCGGCCACCGUCGCAUACAAGAAAGAGUCAUAGGGGGCACGUCUGCCGUGGAGAAUAGGUGGCCAUGGCAGGUCAGCGUGCACUACGGUGGGUUACAUAUCUGUGGCGGGUCCAUCCUCAACGAAUACUGGAUCCUGUCUGCGGCCCACUGCUUCGCGGACUGUGCCUUUGUUCCUCUGUCACAUAGGAGACUGAAUACCAAAGGAUUUGAUGUGUUCGUGGGUCUCAUCAAACAAAAUGCUGCAAGCAGUCACACCCAGUGGUUUGAGGUGAAUAAGGUGAUCAUUCACCCUGCUUACACAGUAUCCCACCCUAAUGGAGGUGACAUUGCUGUGGUGCAGCUGAAAAGCCGGAUUGAGUUUUCUGACUCUGUACUCCCAGUGUGUCUUGCCACUCCAGACAUGAACCUUCGCAAUUUGAGUUGCUGGGCUACAGGAUGGGGAGUAACCAAACCAGAUGGUCAGGCUGCAACAAUGUUGCAGGAGGCUCAGUUUCCUCUGAUUUCAAUGACCCUGUGUCGGCUGCUCUAUGGAAGCCCAUAUGCCAUUCACCCUGACAUGCUGUGUGCCGGGAACAUUUAUGAUGCGAAGACCGUAUGUAGGGGUGACUCUGGGGGCCCACUGGUCUGCGAAUCCAACCACGUCUGGUGGCAAAUUGGAGUAGUAAGCUGGGGCCGUGGUUGCUCGUACCCCAUGUAUCCUGCAGUUUAUGCCAGAGUCUCUUAUUUCAUACAUUGGAUCCAUUCUAAUAUAAACCAGACACCCCAGCCUCCUCAGCCAAACCCUGACUUCUCCUCUGCUCUGGGAGCCAAUUUUGGUAUCCACAUCAUCACACUAGUCUACCUGUCAAUGGUGUGA